UAUUAUACUGCACUGCAUCAAUAUAAAACCCUGCUCUUUCUAACACCAGGGUUUCUUUAAUAAUCCAUAUUUUUCAUACUCUCUCAUCUCAGGCAAGCAAAGUUUCUUCUUUGUUUAUUGUAAAACUUGCAAGAAACUAACACGAGGAAAAUUGCGAUGUCGAUGUUCAAAUUGCAAGGAAGGAAGCUUUGUUUUAUCACAGUUUCUUGCAAGGGUCCAAAUGGUUGGGACGAUGUAUUGACCAAAGGUCGCAUGCAGCGACAAUGUGAAUCCAAUACAAACUGUCAGGAAAAAAACAGCUGAAUUUUAUUUCAAAUGUGGGGAACAUCAUGGUAGAGAUGAACAGGCGCCAUUAUCAAUGUUGAAAUCUAACAUCAGAAAUAUCCCCUGCAUCACAUGCUCUGAAACAUCGCACGUGGACAACAUGGCUGGUGCAGGGGAACAAGAAUUAUCUCAAAUGUCUUGCGAAGAUUUCACUGAAUUCAAGGAAGCUUUGAAGGUUUUAAGAUUACUCGAUGAUAAAAUUAUUUAUAGUCUUAAUAAAAGUGUACCAACCACAUCGUUUGCUGGGGAAAUAAACGCUGAAAAUAAGUGUAAAGAAUUAUAUACAGAGCUACUAGGUGCUUAUUCAACAAGAGAAAACGCUAUCAAGAAAUGUGUCACGCAAGUGUCUUCAUCAAUACAAAAACUACAAGAAAGACGUCAAGUUGAUGAAGAUAAUCCAGAAAUUCUAAGACAUCUUAGAAAGGAACAGACCAAGCUGAGGCUAAUGAGAUCUGAAUUAAAUGUAGAAGAAGUUGUACAACAACGUAGUUUAAAGGUAUUUAAUGAAAAAUGCUGGAAGGUUUUCAAACCGCCAUCAUCCUAACACCCCUGGUUGGAUACAACUAUUUGAUAGGAACUUAUAAAUGAUUUCCAUUGAAAAGAAACACCUCAUUUACAGUGCAUUAUUGCUUUGAAAGAGUUUGAGUCAUGGUUUUAAAUAUUUUUGCAUAUUACAUAACACUAUUCUCCUCAAUAAUAUGAUGCAAUAUGUAAACUAAUGCAAAAAAGAAUGCUUUAAACUCCUAACUGUUACUUGUAAUUUGGUAAAAAGCUGGGAACAAACAGUGAAAAUAUGUCCUGAUGAAAAAUAGUUGGAUCAACACUUGAACAAAUCUGCUU